AAUGCGUCGGUCGCACGUACGGCGUGUCGAUGUUCUCACGUGCGGAACAGCCUUGCUUUGCUCCCAUUGGUUCCCCCUUUAAUUCCCCAACAUAGCAAACAUUAGCAUUAGCAUUAGCAUCCAUUUAUUCACACUCACUCACACGCACACUCUCCACUCGCUCUUUGGAAUCACAGAAAGAUAUCUCAGACACACACAACGCAGUGAGAAAGAAAGAUAGGGAGAGAGAGAGAGAGGGUUUUUAUUUUAACGUUUUUUGUUGCUAUUCCUUUACAGCUCAACCUGCAUUUCUCUCUCACACACUCGCAUCUCAGAUCGAAUUCGAGGUCACUGACUGAUUCUGCGCUGUUGAUGUUUCAUAUCAACUAGAUAGCUACAUGGUGGAGAGAGACAUUUUUCUCAUAUGACUUCUAUUAACCAUAUUAUUAUUGAGCAGUGCUGCUAUGGGCAUUUGUCUUUUGAAAUGGCAAUGGCCGUGGCUUCUUUAUGUUCUGCUGAUACAUGUUGUAAUCAAUAAAAGCGAAGCAAUCACCCCCGAUGGUGAGGUGCUGCUCAGCUUUAGGACAUCAGUUGUUAGUUCUGAUGGUAUCCUAUUACAGUGGAGGCCAGAGGAUCCUGACCCAUGUAAAUGGAAAGGAGUGAAAUGUGAUCUGAAAACCAAAAGAGUAACACAUCUGAGUCUAUCUCACCAUAAGUUAAGUGGGUCUAUAUCACCUGACCUUGGGAAGCUAGAGAAUCUGAGGGUUCUUGCUCUUCAUAACAACAACUUCUAUGGGUCAAUUCCACCAGAGUUGGGAAAUUGCACUGAAUUGGAGGGAAUAUUUUUACAGGGUAAUUACCUUAGUGGAGCGAUUCCAAGUGAAAUAGGAAACCUUUCACAGCUUCAAAAUUUGGAUAUAUCAAGCAAUUCCCUCAGUGGGAAUAUUCCUGCAUCACUUGGGAAGUUGUAUAAUCUCAAAAAUUUCAAUGUAUCAACCAAUUUUCUGGUCGGACCUAUACCUUCUGAUGGUGUCCUUGCCAACUUUACUGGAAGCUCCUUUGUUGGGAAUCGUGGUUUGUGUGGAGUGAAAAUAAAUUCAACAUGUAGAGAUGAUGGUUUGCCGGAUACCAAUGGUCAAUCUACUAACUCAGACCAAAAUCAAAUAGGAAAGAAGAAAUAUUCUGGCCGGCUGCUCAUCAGUGCAUCAGCAACUGUGGGAGCUCUACUUUUGGUGGCACUUAUGUGCUUCUGGGGUUGUUUUCUUUAUAAAAAGUUUGGCAAAAACGACAGAAUAAGUCUGGCAAUGGAUGUUGGUGCAGGUGCAUCAAUUGUGAUGUUUCAUGGAGACUUACCAUAUUCUUCAAAAGACAUCAUCAAGAAACUAGAGACUUUGAAUGAGGAACACAUAAUAGGGAUAGGGGGGUUUGGAACUGUUUACAAGCUAGCAAUGGAUGAUGGGAAUGUGUUUGCUUUGAAAAGGAUUGUAAAGUUGAAUGAGGGGUUUGAUCGUUUUUUUGAGAGGGAGCUUGAAAUUCUUGGUAGCAUCAAACACCGUUAUCUAGUGAACUUACGAGGAUAUUGCAAUUCACCCACGUCAAAGUUGUUAAUAUAUGAUUACCUACCAGGUGGUAGUCUUGACGAAGCACUUCAUGAAAGAGCUGAGCAACUAGACUGGGAUUCACGCUUGAAUAUAAUCAUGGGAGCUGCAAAAGGGCUUGCCUACUUGCACCAUGAUUGUUCCCCCAGGAUCAUACACCGAGACAUAAAAUCUAGCAACAUUUUACUUGACGGAAACUUGGAUGCUCGGGUCUCUGAUUUUGGACUUGCCAAACUUCUGGAGGAUGAAGAAUCUCACAUCACCACUAUUGUUGCUGGAACGUUUGGUUAUCUAGCUCCAGAGUAUAUGCAAAGUGGCAGAGCAACUGAGAAGUCUGAUGUGUAUAGCUUUGGUGUGUUGACACUUGAAGUGCUGAGUGGAAAGCGGCCAACAGACGCAGCAUUCAUUGAAAAGGGUCUCAAUAUUGUUGGUUGGUUGAAUUUUCUAAUUACAGAAAAUAGGCCGAGGGAAAUUGUUGACCCUCUAUGUGAAGGGGUGCAAAUGGAGAGCCUUGAUGCCUUGCUCUCUGUGGCUAUUCAGUGCGUUUCCUCAAGUCCAGAGGAUCGACCCACCAUGCACCGAGUGGUGCAAUUGCUUGAAUCCGAGGUCGUAACUCCAUGCCCUAGUGACUUCUAUGACUCCAACUCCGAUUAGAAAGCUUGCAAAGGCAAACUAAAAGUAUGUUGUUGUGUUUGCACCCAUGUCACUGCAAAUUCCUUGCAAGUCAGAAGCGAUUAUAGAGGGUCAGAAUCUGCAGUGUUAAUUUUCAUCUCAGUUGCAUUCAUUCUUAACUGGAAUUAUAAUGAAAGAGGUUCUUCACUACACUACAUGGUAGUAGUUGUUGUGGUUCUCCGUCACAUGUCAUCAUUGGACAUGUUCAUACAUUUCUUCGUCUUUGUGAAUGGAGUUGUAUGUGUUACUCGAUCAAUCGCUGGUUCCAGUCUUCCUCGUGUUUUUUUUUCCCUCUAUUUUUUCUCUCUUUCUCUUUGCUAGCAUUGUAAUCUUUGUUACAUUUCUUCACUCCAAUUUAAGUGUAUAUGAAUGUGUACAAGUUCAGAUGGCCCACUCUUGCGAGUGAUUCUUGUUAUUUAUUUUUGUAAUAUAUGUCCCAUAAAAGAAUUCAUCUAAUGAGUGUGGUUCUCAUUUCUCA